GUAUAUAAUCUAAACAGUAUACAUACACAAUUACGUCACUUCAUACAGGUAGUGUGCACACACCGCCGUUCCGACCCUCCAGCCAUGGAGCCUCGGUCUCGCUUGAGUAAACCCUGAAGCAUCGCUGUCCCAUCCAUCAACACAGCGACUUCUCUUGAUCUCACAUAAAUUGGUCCUGAUUGGAUGAAUAUAGUCACGUGAUUAUUCAUGGCCUUUCUAAUCUUGUCAUUCUCCAGUCGUAAUUUAGGUUCAUUUAUUUUAGAUUUAUCUGCCGAUCGACAGCUAAUUUGUGUGCCCCAUUGACAAAGCUACACAGUUGUUGAAUUAUGAAUUCCGAUAACGACUAUACUAUAUGCAACCUCGACUCACAUUCGUAUGGGAAUGGAUAUACAAAUUCUGAAAUACCUGGUACACUUUACGGCUAUAAUACUAUCAAUAACAGGGCUAUAGACACGGGACAACACUACUACGGUGCGGAAAACCUCGUUCCACCGGGGAUCUCGGGGGUUGACCUGUCUCUGGGGACAAGCCAGGGUUUGUCCUACCCCGUCAACACACCGGUGAUCCCCCGGGGACCGAGGCAUGGGUACGAACUUCCCGACCCUCAGCCCCAUCCGGGGAAUGUGGACCCCUACAUGGCAGGACAUCAUGGGUUGACAUUGAACGGUGAUGCUCAUUUAGGAGGGGGAGGGGGGCUUAGCCUCUCCCCCGGACGGACAAGUUACGUGGGGUCAUGUGUUGACACCCUAGGGUCCUGUUCCUUGUCGAACAUGUACGGGGCCACAAUGUCACAGCCAAACUCCGGACACAUUAAACAGGAGCCGACGGCCGCUCAAAGCCUUUCCAAUAAACCAUUCAGGUGGAUGCAGAUUAAACGGAAUCCCGGAAAAACAGUGCCGACGACUACCAAACAAGGGGAUUUCGGUUUCACCACCGCUGUUACCACAGCAACACCCCAACAGCCAAACAUGGGCCGUACCAACUUCACAAACAAACAAUUAACAGAACUGGAGAAGGAAUUCCAUUUUAAUAAAUACUUAACACGUGCUCGACGGAUAGAAAUAGCUGCCUCGUUAGGGCUCAACGAAACUCAAGUGAAAAUAUGGUUUCAAAACAGAAGAAUGAAACAGAAAAAACGGAUGCGUGAAGCUCAGUUUGAAAAUUCAAUGCGAGACAAUUGUCAGUUGAACAUAGACGGACUUGGAAUGACCGCCAUGACACUAUGUCAGGAAGGGCGGUAGACCUCUAGCCCCAGGUGGCCUGUGAAAUACCUCGUUGUGAAAUUCUUAUGUUUGUUUCUACACAUGUCAGAAUUCUUUUGGUCCUAAGGACAACGUUAGAAAGUUGGUAUACUGUCGAUAAUUAGUGCUUGAAACCAAAUUGUUGUCAAGACAACCGAACUGCGUUACUCCUUCAUUUCAAGUGAACAGAAGUUGUAUCCUCUUAAACAGGAUAUUUGUGGAACAACGUUGGAAAAGUCCCCUUGACGCAAUGCAUGCUUCCUGAAUUUCGACUUAGGCUCAACCCUGUCCUUCGACCUUUGGUGUGAUUAUUACAUUGUUAUCAUUUAUCGUUCAUGUGUUAUUGAAAGUUAUUUCUCAGAAAAUAUGAAACUGUUUUGAUGUUUUCGUAUAUAAUGGGCAACAUAUUAUUGUUGGCGUUUUUUGUCAUUGCAUUUUGUGACAUGGGUUGGUCGAAUUCCCGUUAAUGCAAAGCUGGGCAAUGAGCAAUGUCAUUGAAUUUUGCGAGUUUAAAACUCUAAGGAAAUACACUGGUGAUGUAAAAAGCCAAAUAUCAUUUAUUUAUCUGAACACUCUGUGAUGUUCUUAAAAUCAUAUUCAGGCGACGUGUGAACAAUUGACCUAGUCAUUUUAUUAUACAGCGUAUAUUUUGCUUUUAUCUAAAUCCUUUGAAGGUGAUAUGAAUAUGUAAUAUGUAACCCGUGAAUAAUUUGCAUAAUGUUUACUUACAGGAAAAUGCGGUCUGUACUUUUUUAUGAGACAUGUUUUCUUUGAGUAGGAAAGUGAAGGUAUCCAUUUUUACUAAUAUCUUAACUACUUUUCGUCAUCCAUUGAUGUUUGUCUGUGUGUUACAAGACUACAUUCCACUGAAUCAGUGACUUUAAAACAAUAUCUUGGUGCAUAAUAACACACAUAUGUAACGAUGGUGCUCCGGCUAUAAUGAUGUCUGUAAUUUAAUGUCAAUGGUAGGAGACUUUCACUUCUAGUUAAAAGGAAAAGAUGGAGAACCUCCCUUCUUGGCUGAAAAAAAGCAACGUCACCAUCAUUGCAAAAUACACUAAAGAAUAUAGAAUAAGAAACGUUUUCGUAUCAUUGUUGAACAUUUCUUCCCUUUUGUGCAUUUCUAGAACUAAUUUUGUCAAUUAAGAAAGAACACACAUCAAUUUUGACCUUUGUAGUAUACAAUAUAUAAUUUAUACUUUGAGGAUUUGUUAUAUCCAUCUAUUAAAACAUGAAAUUAAUUAACUCGAUGAAAUCAAUACAAAGUUUAUAUAAAUCAUGUGAUUGACAUUUCCUGCUUGACGUAAUGAAAAUAUCUAUACACACAUAUAUGUUAAUUAUGUAACAAUUAACGUACAAUUAAUUUAUUAGUUUUAUUUAUAAAAAAAGUCAAAUCACUCCUGCAAGACGUUAUAUUACGCUAUGUGCCUUCGACACACAUAUUGUAGGCCAUAUAGGAAGGGAGGUAACCGAUUAUUGUUUCGUUCAAAUGUAAGCCGUUUUAGCCACGCGCUGAAAGUGCGUAUUAGUUUUCUAUGUGUUUUUUUGUCCCAUUUAGAAUAAAUAUGAAUAAGUCGUGUAUGUGAAUGCUCAAUCUAGUGUCAUAUUUAUUGAUCGUAGGUGAUGACUAAUCGUUUGAUUAUUUAUGUAAUGUACAUGAAAUACGAAUAUUCUAGACAGAAAAUAUCUUUUUCAAAACAUGUUUAUUUGUACGUUCAAAAUUUAAUGUUCGUACGAAUAUGUGUUCAUUCACAAGCAUAUUACAUAUUACCUGAGACAUGUACUAGUAGGUCCCGAUUUGCAAUAUUUCAGGCAUUGUUUGUGUACAGCUGUCGUGCGAGACAAAUAAAGUGACAUAUUUUUGGUGCAAUACAUAA